AUGGAGGUUGGAGACGCGCGGCGGCGGCAGUCGCUGCAGCUCCUCGAGCUCUUCGUCGACCUCAUUCACGGAGACCUGAUCCGCGCGGACGCCGGCUGCCGCCGCGUCGCUGACGCCCUCGUCGCCGCGUACGAGGAUGCCAUCCGCUGGCUCGCCACGGAGGAGCAAAGCUUCACGCCUGCGCUGAGGGGCGCCAUCGACACGUACUGCGCGAGGCACGUCCUUCGCACCGCGCCGGAGCUCCUCAUCACGUCGCAAGCGGCGGCGGCGUCGUUCAAACAGAUUGCGGACGUCUUGUGUUCGGCGGGAGAACUGUCGCACGUGGGGGAGGCGAUGGCGCGUGAGUUGUCGCACUUGACGCGACGUCUUGCAACCAAGCGCUUUGCGAGGCUGCUCGACCUCAUGGGCGACGCCGUCGUUGCGUACAUGCAGAAGGCGGCCCAGCAGCACGCGCGGGAGCGGGCGGCGUGCACGACCCUGCAAGAGGGGGAACCGGCCUUUUGGGCGUCUGUAGCGCAGUUUUCCACGGCGCCGACCCGCACAGAGGGAGAAGCUGCCGUCACACGCGAAAAGCGGCCGCGUGAGGCGGCGGCGCUGGCGGACACAGACACGGGCUCAAAAGGGGGCCCGGCGCGUGGCUUCUCGGAGGAACUCCGCCUUGCAAUGAGUUCCCCGCCAAAACACCCCCCUGCAAACGCGCUUAGCACGCGUUUCAUCGCAUGCGCCCAGCCGCGGUCGUCUCCCCCCGCCGUCUCUGGCACGGAAGACGCAAAGAGCGGCACGGCGUCGGCGGAAGCAACUGGGCGUGCGUUACUUCAGGCGAACGAUUCGGUCGUGGCGGCCGUGGACGACAUGGAUAAGAAGAACUCACAAACAGCGCAGGAUGUCAGCAGUGGUUUUCUCGUGGCGGAUGACUCGGAUGUGGCCAUCCUCCCUACGCAGGCGGCCGCACGCAAAGGGGUUGUUGUUGCUGGCGGCUUCGAUGAAUCGGAUACCUCGCUCCUUGGCGGUGAGGUUCACGAGCGCCGCUACUUUCUCCUUGCGCAGGCGAAUCGAUACGAGCCGGAUGGUGCGCGACGAGGAUCCUUCACGUGA